AUGAGCGAAUCAAGAUCGAAUCAAAAUGCUGCUACAUCAUCCAAAUCAACGACAUUAUCGAAUAUUCAUCAACCACGACGACGUAUGGGACAAAACUUCCUUCUUCUAUGGGUAGAUACCAGCAUCGACCAAGGAAAUGAAGAUUAUGAAAAUACAUUAAAACAAAUACGAACUAUUACUGGUGAUGUCAAUGUCUUUACGCAACGAGAUGCAUGUAUCGAUUUUCUUACAGAUGCUGAAGAAGGCAUCACGUUUUUUCUCAUUGUCAAGGAUACUAUGUCUCAAGAAAUAAUGCCCCUUAUAAAUGAUAUUCCUCAGCUGGAUGAUGUCUAUAUCUUCAUUGAUAUUAAAACCCUACAUGAAGAAUGGACAAAAAAAUGCCAAAAAAUCAAAAACGUCCAAACCAACAUCGAUGAUCUAUGUCAAGCAUUACGAAUCGGUAUCAAGCAGUUCAAUCAAGACUCAAUAGCCAUGAGUUUUAUCACAACAAAUGGAGUGGUUUCGACGAAUGAUUUGAAUCAAUUGGAGCCGACUUUUAUGUAUACCCAGCUAUUCAAGGAAAUUAUUCUUGAUAUGAACCAUGAUGAACAGGCGAUCAGAAAAUUUAUUGCUUAUUGUCGACAUCAUGACUGCGGAUCGGCAAAGAAUAUUGAUGAAUUUGAGAAAGAAUACCACGCUCAAUCCGCUGUUCGAUGGUAUACUUGCCCAUCAUUUAUCUAUUCUAUGCUGAAUAAUGCUCUUCGAACAAUGGGCGCCGAUAUAAUUAUUACUAUGGGUUUUUUUAUAUGUCACCUGCAUCAACAAAUACAACAGUUGUACGAACAACAGGUUGAUAGUUAUGGAAGAAAAUCUUUUUUAGUCUAUCGAGGACAAGGUCUUAUGAAAUCAGACUUUGAAAAACUUCAGAAAACAAAAGGUGGGCUAAUAUCAUUUAACAAUUUCUUGUCCACGAAUACAGAUAUAGAAGUGUCCCUCAAUUUUGCUCGAUGUGCUUCAACAAAUUCGGAUAUGAUAGGCAUUCUCUUUAUACUGUCCAUUGAUCCUUGUAUUGCAUCAGCACCAUUUGCCUCCAUCGAAGAGAUGAGUUAUUUUAGGGGAGAAGAAGAAAUUCUCUUCACCAUGAACACCGUCUUUCGAGUGAGCGGAAUUAAACAAAUAGACAAUGAGAAUCAACUUUAUCAAGUUGAAUUACAAUUAACGGCAGAUGAUGAUCACCAACUACGAGUACUCACCAAUCGGAUACGAGAAGAAGCUGGUGGUGGUACUGGAUGGCAGAGAUUGGGCAAAUUAUUGCUUAAAAUUGGUCAGUUUAAUAACGUUGAAGAACUUUACAACGUAUUACUCGAACAGACAUCUGAUGACAUUGAAAAAGCGUUUUAUUAUUUUUGUCUGGGAUAUGCCAACAAUAACCAGGGUGGAUAUGAAAAGGCUAUUUGGUAUUACGAAACAUCACUUAAAAUUCAACAAAAAACUCUUCCUUCAGAUCAUCCUUCAUUGGCUACUUCAUACAGUAACAUCGGUAAUGUGUAUAGCAGCAUGGGAGAGUAUUCAAAAACACUCUCAUUUUACGAAAAAGCACUUGAAAUCUACCAAAAAACUCUCCCCUCGAAUCACCCUUUGUUAGCUGCUUUAUACAACAACAUUGGUGGAGCGUAUGACAGCAUGGCAGAGUACUCAAAAACCUUUUCAUUUUACGAAAAAGCACUUGAAAUAUUUCAAAAUACUCUCCCCUCAAAUCAUCCUGAUUUAGCUAUUUCAUACAACAACAUCGGUAGUGUGUAUGCCCAAAUGGGAGAGUAUUCAAAAGCACUUUCAUCUCACGAAAAAGCACUUGAAAUUGAACAAAAAACUCUUCCUACAAAUCAUCCUUCAUUGGCUAUUUCCACGGAUGCUGAUUCUAUUCAUCAUCGUCAUGUUCAUUCUUCUACUACUAAACAUCAACGUACAUCAACUGAUGAUGUUGCACUUAAACGACAUCUAGGUUUAUUCUCUGGAGUUUGUUAUAUUAUUGGUAUCAUCAUUGGCUCUGGUAUAUUUGUUUCACCAAAAGGUGUUCUACAAGAAACACAAUCAGUUGGAUUAUGUUUAAUUAUUUGGAUGGCAUGUGGAUUUAUAUCUCUUUUAGCAGCACUUUGUUUUGCAGAGAUUGGAACGGUGAUACCAAGAAAUGGUGCUGAAGUAGCUUAUAUGAAGGAAGGUAUUGGAUCAGUUCAUGAAAGAACGGGAGAUAUAUUAGCAUAUCUGUCUGUCUGGGCAGAUAUAUUUACUAUUAAGCCAGCGACUAUUGCAGUUUUAUCUCUUACUUUUUCUCGAUAUUUUUUGUCUGGCAUUAUGAUUAAUUGUGGACCAUCUGAAGAACUUGUUAAAAUGCUAGCAGUUUUCAUUAUUUUAAUACUUAUGAAUAUUAAUUCAAUCAGUGUAUCAGCAGCUAAUCGUUUGAAUAUUGUUUUUGUGAUUUGCAAAGUAUUGACUAUGUUGACAAUUGCAAUAAUUGGUUUUGUACGAAUAGGACAAGGAUAUACACAAAAUUUAAAAAAUGGUUUUGCUGACACAACAAAUAAACCAUUCGGUGUUGCACUUGCAUUUUAUAAAGGUUUAUUUGCUUACGGUGGAUGGCAUUCUUUGAAUUCAGUAACAGAAGAACUGAAAAAUCCUAAAAGAAAUUUAUGGUUAUCUAUUUCAUUAGCUGUACCUAUUGUUAUUAUGCUCUAUGUUUGCAUUAAUAUUUCUUAUUUCACUGUAAUGAACAAAGCAGAAUUACUUAGUUCUAAUGCUGUUGCUGUAACUUGGGGUGAAGCUGUAUUAGGUCCUAUUGUUCGUAUUUUGCCUAUUCUAAUUUCUAUCAGUGCAUUGGGUAGUGCUAAUGGAAAUCUUUUUGGAGCUGCUCGAUAUUGUAUGGUUGGUGCUCAAUACGGAUAUUUACCAGAAGUAUUUGCAUGUAUUCAAACACAAAGAUUAACACCAAUACCUGGUGUUGUUCUACAGGCUCUUCUAGCAAUUAUGUUUUGUAUUCCAAGUAAUAUCUAUGGAUUAAUUGAUUUUGUUAGUUUUGUUAGUUGGAUCUUCUAUGGCUUAGUAUUUGUUGCUACACUUUGUUGUAAAUUUACAAAAAAAGAUGCACCACGAACGAUUAGCAUACCAAUUCCAUUAAUCAUCAUUAUUAUAUUGAUUUCAAUUUACUUAGUUCUGGUUCCUUUAAUUGUAUCUCCAAGUUUUGUAUUUCUUAUUGCAGCCAUUAUAAUUUUAUUUGGUUUGGUAUUCUAUUAUCCAUUUGUCUACCUUAAAAUCGAAUUCCAAUUUAUAAGAAAAAUGAAUUUAUUUCUUCAACUAUUUUUCAAACUACAACGAGCACAAAUCAACAUUUAA